GUAUGUACUCGCGGUACAUCGUGGAAAGAUGUCGGAAAGGAGAGUAACAGGUGGAGGAACCGCGGACACGAAAUCAGCCAUAAAGCUCCAACGUCGCCGUGUUUAUUGCUAGAUUUUAAAUUAAGUAAGUAGCUAAAUUAGUUAUUCCUAGAAGCGGAGUCGUCUGGUGUGCAUGGGAGGCUUAAAACGUCUUAAUCCGAAGAAGAGACCGAGCGGUGACUGGCAGAGAACGACCGCGUGAGAGGGCUUCAACCGGGCAGGGGUGCUGCUUCGGCUUCUCGCUUAGGUGGGGAUGUUAUCCGUACUGUCUUAUGGCAGACUGGUAGCCAGGGCUGUCCUCGGUGGACUCUCGCAGACGGACGGGCGCGACUACAGCCUCGUUACCGCCAGCUAUGGCUUCGGCAAGGACUUUCGGAAGGGGAUUCUUAAGAAAGGGAUGUGCUACGGGGACGACGCCUGCUUCAUUGCGAGGAACAAGAGUGCCGACGUUUUGGGUGUAGCGGAUGGCGUGGGUGGCUGGCGAGACUACGGCGUCGACCCAUCUCAGUUCUCUGCCACGUUGAUGAGAACAUGCGAGCGGCUAGUGAAGGAAGGUCGCUUCACUCCGAGCAAUCCAGUGGGCAUCCUGACCUCUGGCUACUAUGAACUCUUACAGAACAAAGUCCCCCUUUUAGGCAGCAGCACAGCCUGCAUCGUAGUGCUGGACCGACGGAGUCACCAGCUCCACACGUGUAACCUCGGCGACUCGGGCUUCCUGGUGGUGCGCGGAGGCGAGGUGGUACACCGUUCGGAUGAGCAGCAGCACUACUUCAACACGCCCUUCCAGCUGUCCAUCGCUCCCCCGGGGUCCGAAGGGGUGGUGCUCAGUGACAGUCCAGAAGCUGCUGACAGCUCCUCGUUUGAUGUGCAGCUCGGUGACAUCAUCCUCACCGCCACCGACGGCCUCUUCGACAACAUGCCCGAUUACAUGAUUCUCCGGGAGCUCAAAAAACUCAAGACCAGCAACUAUGAGAGCAUUCUGCAGACGGCGCAGAGUAUAGCAAAACAAGCUCACGACCUCGCCUAUGAUCCCAACUACAUGUCGCCGUUUGCACAGUUUGCAUGUGACAACGGUCUGAAUGUAAGAGGAGGAAAGCCAGACGACAUCACGGUGCUGCUUUCCAUCGUGGCCGAAUAUACAGACUAGGAAGCGCGUGCGCUCGAAUGUGCGUUUGGCGCCGCGGGGCUCGCUCACCCCUUUCCCGUCCGCCCGACUCUUCCUCCGACACGACGCCCACGCUUCCAUCCAUGUCUGUUUAGUUUUCGUUUGUUCCUCCGGCGUGUCAAAGGGAAAGCGGGCAGCUCGGAUAGAUCCAUGUUGACCGUGGUGCAGGAGAAACCCCAACGCGGCACAUUAAGGCGUCCAAAUUGCACGGCAUGGAAAGAGGAGUAAGCCAGGCUUUGGAGGUUCUUUGAUCAAGAAUCAAGAGGUUGAACUUGAAUGUGUUUCUGUAGCCCCAUUUGAGGCCAAUGCAGAGGAGGCGGCUUUGCGAAUGUGCAGGUUGAGCUAACUAGCUCGGCCCUCGGAGGGAACUCAACAGAGCCUCCGUCGAGCCAACAUGCAUCGAGGUUUGGGGCUUGUAAAUAGUUCUGAGACUGUCUUUACUUUUGGAUUUAUUUCUCUUUGACUUACUGUUGCGAGUGAUGCGUUCACGGACACACUGAGAUAGUGUGAUAGAAAAAGGGAGUAAUUGCGUGCGUUUGAGUGAGUUCCAAUGUCACGUUUGAUGUUAAGAGAAACGCUAUAGCAUCUGCUAAUGCUCACGGUUGCAAACAUAGGUCAAGGGUGUGACGAUAGAGAUGUAUAUUUUUUUAAAUAAUAUUUGAAAGUCUCUGCCCAAUCAAAUGCUGUAUUUCCUCCUAUAGUGGUUUACUCAAUGAACUGCCAAGAUUGUCAGAUGUUGAUUGGGGUGGGCGGGGCUUUACACGUACAGAUGGAUUUUGAAAAUAUUAAAAUGACGAUACAUUUUAUCCACACAUUUUUCUAUCGUACUGUUUCCCAAUUAAGACGGGGAACAACAGACGAAAAAUCUCUUUGCACGCCUCGCAUCCAAAAAUUGCAUCUUUUGGUUAAACAUUUCGAUCCACUAACAUAGAUCAAAUAUUACCAUUUUAUUUUAUAUGUGCUGUCCAGCAAAACAGUAUUGCAGAAUCUUUUUGCAGUUUGAUUCAACGUGUGUAAAAAAAAAAAAAAAAAAAAAAAACGCUUGUCACAUAAGUCAUUAACUAAAACCGUCCCAAAAUUAGGCAAGUCAUGCUUUUGUUGGACAGUGGUGAUUGUUCUUACACCGCCACCUAGUGGCACAAUACUUUGUAAAUGUUAUUUAAGGUAAGGCGUUUAUUUCUUCCAGUGUGACAAGGGUACUAUUUGAGGAAAUAUGGUAUGUUUGGUUUAGGAAAAACUAUGAGUUGAGUUUUUUUUUUUUUUAACUUUCUGUUGCUGCUUUUCUGUGUAAUUUGAAUAUAUGAGCUGAAUUACAUGAACAUUUUCACCGUGGUUGUGUGCGUGCGGAUUUGAGUCCCUUUACGUAAUGUCUUGACCGUUUCAACAUGGGUACACCAAUGACAUUUUAUCAUAAUAUAUUCAUCAGAGCGCCUUGUGGUUGUAAACGCGCAGCAAUACUGUACACAAAUUAUGCUCAAAAUUUGGUGGGAUUGAUCCGAUUUUUUUUGCUGGAGGAUUUUGUCUUUCAUACAUGCGAUUGGUUGUCUGUCGAGCUUGUGCACGACAGGUUUCUGAAGCCAAAGAACGAAAGCCAUAUAGAGUAGAAUGCAUAUUAGGGACCUUGCUCUGUACUGUAUGUCUUGCUGUAAGUGGAGACCAAUAAUGUCACUGUUUUAUGUAUGUUUCAAUAUUAUAGUAGGAGCUGUACUCGUGUGGCGGGGGUAGAUUAUUUGUCAGUGCUUUUCUCUUUGCAUGGUUUCAGUCGAUCCGUUUUGCUCCUGUGUCUUUAAAAUGUAUGUCCUGGAAAAAUGUAACUUGUAUGCAGACAAAGGCUGUGAAAUUUUAGCGUGCGAAUGAAAAGGGGGGAGCACAAUUUAAGCCUUAACACAUGAUCUGUCAUCAAGAGGCCUUCCCUGUCUUUGCAAGCUUGUCUCGUCCAUGUUGUUGUUUGUGUGUUCAAUACGGUCUGCAUACGUCCAGUUGUGUGUUCUCCCCAUCAAAGCAAAGGUGCUUCUGCCAUCUCGACGACUGGUACGAUUGUCCUUUUUCCAACAAGCGAUAUUUGUAUGGGUGAAUGAACUGUACAUCUGUUUGUCACGGUGUAACAAUGCAAGUCUAAUUUAUGUAAAUAUGUUUUGAAAAAAAUGUACAAUAUUUAAAUAAAGAAGUUAUAGUAUU